AUGGGUUCAAUUUCAGUUUUUCGUUUUGUUUGCUUGAUGUUCUUGGUAGCAUGGAUUACUGAAGUUGAAGCGGGAAAUGGUGUUUUCGAUGUGGCAAACUAUGGCGCGGUUGCUGAUGCUAAAACUGAUAACAGCAAGGUUUUUGAAGAUGUAUUCAACAAAGCUUGUCAAUCAGAAGGAUCCAAUGUUGUGUUAAUCCCAAACGGAACAUAUAUGCUGGGCCCAGUAAUGUUUUCAGGCCCAUGUAAGGGCCCAAUAACAUUUUUCAUCACAGGUGCCCUAAUAGCUCAUACUGAUGUUGCAUCUUACGUUGACAGCUACAGUUGGAUCACCUUCUAUCGCAUAGACCGGUUGGUAGUCCGCGGAUGUGGGUCGUUGGAUGGCCAAGGCCCCUCUGCUUGGGGCCACAAUACUUGCAGUAAAAGUAAAAACUGCAAUCCUCUUCCUUCUUCGAUGGGAUUCGAUUACGUGACCAAUUCACGGGUUACUCACCUAAAAUCAAUCAACAGCAUGGGUGUCCAUAUGAACGUUUUUGAAUGCACCGGCUUGAAGUUUGAUCGCAUUCAUCUAAUAGCGCCUGAAGAUAGCCCCAACACCGAUGGAAUUCACAUUGGGGAAUCGACUCAUGUACACAUAUCGGAUUCGGUAAUAGCCACCGGAGACGACUGCAUUUCCAUGGGCCCUGGUUCUUCAAGCAUAAACAUUUCAAAUGUUCAGUGUGGCCCCGGCCACGGCAUCAGUGUCGGAAGCCUUGGUCGGUCGGCUAAUGAAGAUGAUGUAAGUGGACUGACUGUGAAGAACUGCACCUUCAAUGGCACUCAGAAUGGCUUGAGGGUCAAGACAUGGGCUAGCUCUUUUGCAAGCAAUGUCUUCGAUCUUACCUUUCAAGACAUUAAUAUGGACAAUGUCAACAACCCCAUCAUCAUUGACCAACAAUAUUGCCCAUCCGGCAAUUGUCAACAGGGUAACUCCCAAGUUCAGAUUCGGGAUGCUCGUUUUAGAAACAUUAAGGGCACUUCGAGCUCAAAGAUUGCAGUUACUUUUGAAUGCAGCCCAAGUAAACCUUGCCAGAACAUUGAACUCAGUGACAUCGAUCUCGUUUACGUCGGUGACGGAGGACCGGCGACUUCCUCGUGUGCUUAUGCCAGUGGUGUUGCUUAUGGUCCAGUACAUCCCCCCUCUUGCAUAUAG